AUGUCGAAUGCGCCAGUGCUCGAGACGGUGACGACGGUGACGGGGAGUGGCUUGGGCGAGGAGAGCAACGCCAUCGAAUCCGGCUCAGAAGACGAGUAUGAUGCCAAUGCUAAUAUCCUUACCGACACCAACGGUGACAAGGUCCGCCACAGCCGCCCCCAGAGCAAGACGAAGCCGCUCGAGGAUCAGCGCAUCACGCAGACGGAACUCAAGAUUCGCUCGUCUGAGCUGCUUAAUGCCCUCCACUCCGUUGUCAAGUACUACCCGGGCCAGACGCUGAUGGGCGAUGUAGCCACGUUCCAGGAGCCAUUCCGCCUGCUCGUGCACUACCGCGAAGAACUUGAGGCCUACAAGCAGCAGCACCCGCCCGAGCACAAUGACGAGUACAGACAGACGUGCAACGAGCACAUUGAUAUCCUGCUCGGCUUCCUCAAGCGCCACUUUGGCAAGAGCCUCGAGGAGGAGGAACGCCGCCAACAUCAGGAUCCUCCUGUCUGCACCUUCGAAUGGGCCUGGCUGCUGCUCAAACCUGGCGACACUAUCUACGCCGAGACCGACGAACGCAUACCCGGCCUACCGAGCCCGUAG